AAAUGCCCAAGUUGAUGCAUUUGUGGAAGGAAAACUCUCAACAAGGUAGGGGCAUUCAAAAUUUGGAGUCUCUACAUGUAUCAUCUUGCGGCAGAUUAAAAAAUUUAGUGCCAUCCUCAAUGUGUUUCCGAAAUUUAUACACUUUGGAAGUAUUUAGAUGUCAUGGGUUGAUUAGUUUAGCAACUUACUCAACCGUCAAAAGUUUGGUCCAACUCAAAGAAUUGAGAUUACAUGGAUGCAAAAGAAUGAGAGAAAUAGUCACAAACGAGGGAGAAGGUGAAGCAGGAGAUGAGAUUUGUUUCAAUCAAUUGAAUCGUUUGUCGCUUUAUGAUUUACCCACUCUGGGAAGCUUCUUCCACUUGGGUAAUCGCACCAUAAAAUUCCCAUCACUGGAAGAUCUAAGUGUGAACAGAUGCCCGGAAUUGAAGAUCUUCUCUAAUGGAGUCCUAAGCAUGCAGAAGCUAGAGCAUGUUAGACUGGACGGAAACUAUUGGUCGGCAUACCAAAGUGGUCUGUUCCCGGUGGAAGAUGUGAAUACCUUCAUAAAAAGAAGUUGGGAGAAAAUCAACGAUCCAUGCUUGCGACAACUAUUCACUCAGAAGACCAAUGCAAGCACAAGUGAGGCCGGAGAGGAAAAUGAUGUUGAUGACUUGGAGGAUGACUCGAUGUAAGAUUCAAGUAAGGGGAGACAGGAAAACAUUGGUGAUAGCCUUGGAGGAUGACUCACUAAGAUUCAAGUGAAAAUGGAGAGAAAAAUACUUAAAAUGAUUUCGAGAAUGACUCAAAGGAGGAUUGAUCUUUUAAUAUAUUAAUGAUUGAUUUCUAGAACAAUAUAACUUUUACUGUUGAACGAGUGAUGUAGUGCUUUUUGUUUUUGGUUGUGAUGUUAGAGCUGUAGACAUCAUUAGAUGGAUCAAAAAGUUCUCCUUAAUGUAUUGGUGUGUUACAGAUAAGGAUGAGACUCAUAGUAGCUUUGUCAUGGGGCUUUGGAGCUAAGACAAGGCUAUUAUAUAGUCCAAGAAAUCAUAUGAAUUUUUAU